UUCGGACAAACAAAACGGCUUUCCUUUUUUAAGUCCUAACCCUCGUCUUUCACUGUCCUAACUUCCAUGACUCACAUUUGACCUAGAAAACGAAAUUGGGCUUUUCAUUUUUAUUUAAACUAUGGGUAACUGCAACGGUCUUCCGUCUAACGGUAACCAAUUCCGACCAGACUCCGAUUCCGGCGGUGGUCCCCACAGUGGCAUCAACGUCAAACCUGCCCCAUCGCCGCCAAGAAGCCAACAACCUUCAACCCACCACCACCACCACCUUUCCUCCGCCGCCUCCACAGCUCCACCGAUCGGUCGUGUUCUCGGCCGUCCCAUGGAGGACGUCCGGUCUACUUACGUUUUCGGCCGCGAGCUCGGCCGUGGGCAGUUUGGUGUUACCUACUUGGUGACUCACAAAGAAACCAAGCAGCAGUUCGCUUGUAAAUCUAUCUCCACGCGUAAGCUUAUCAACCGUGAUGAUAUCGAAGACGUCCGUCGUGAAGUCCAGGUUAUGUACCACCUCACGGGCCACAGGAAUAUUGUGGAGCUGAAGGGGGCUUAUGAGGAUCGGCAUUCCGUGAAUCUAAUUAUGGAUCUGUGUGCGGGAGGGGAGUUGUUUGAUCGGAUUAUAACGAAAGGUCAUUAUUCAGAGAGGGAGGCGGCUAAUUUGUGUAGGCAGAUAGUAAUGGUGGUGCAUAACUGUCAUUCCAUGGGGGUGAUGCACAGGGACUUGAAGCCUGAGAAUUUCUUGUUCUUGAGUAAGGACGAGGAUUCACCAUUGAAGGCUACAGAUUUCGGGCUCUCUGUAUUUAUUAAGCCAGGAGACGUUUUGAAGGAUCUUGUUGGAAGUGCGUAUUAUGUAGCUCCAGAAGUAUUGCGCCGACGUUAUGGAUCUGAAGCUGAUAUUUGGAGUGCUGGGGUGAUUCUUUACAUUCUCCUUAGUGGUGUCCCACCAUUCUAUGGAGAAACUGAGCAGAGUAUCUUUGAUUCUAUUCUUCGGGGAAAUAUUGAUUUCUCAUCAGAUCCAUGGCCCUCUGUUUCCAGCAGUGCCAAAGAUCUUGUGAGGAAGAUGCUGCGAGAUGAUCCUAAAGAACGGCUUUCAGCGUUUGAAGUCUUGAAUCAUCCAUGGAUGCGUGAAGAUGGUGAUGCAUCUGAUAAGCCUCUUGAUGUUGCUGUUUUAACUAGAAUGAAGCAAUUCAGGGCAAUGAACAAACUCAAAAAAGUUGCUUUAAAGGUAAUUGCAGAAAAUCUAUCUGAAGAAGAAAUCAUAGGUUUGAAGGAGAUGUUCAAAUCAAUGGACACUGAUAACAGCGGAACAAUCACCUUUGAGGAGUUAAAAGCUGGCCUUCCAAAACUUGGUACUAAGCUUUCUGAGUCUGAAGUGAGACAGUUAAUGGAAGCGGCUGACGUUGAUGGAAAUGGAACAAUUGAUUACAUUGAGUUUAUAACAGCUACCAUGCACAUGAAUAGAAUGGAAAGAGAAGAGCACUUAUACACUGCCUUCCAAUACUUUGACAAGGACAAUAGCGGGUACAUUACAAUGGAAGAGCUAGAGCAGGCCCUUAGGAAGUAUAAUAUGGGUGAUGAGAAAACAAUAAAAGAGAUCAUUGCAGAAGUUGACACGGAUAUGGAUGGAAGAAUUAACUACGAUGAGUUUGUUGCAAUGAUGAGAAAAGGCAACCCAGAGUUGGUUGGUAACCGACGACGCAAAUAAGCUGAAUGCAGCUUUUAUGUCUGCUGGCUCAAAUUCAUGUCUCGACUGGUUUAUUAAUUAUGUGGUUUUGUCAUGACCACAAUCACAUGUAAUCUCAGUUUCGCCACAUGGGAUCGUGAGAUAGUCCUUGCUUUCUGAAAUCAUUUGUGGUUGUCGAUUCUUGCCCAUAGAAAUGGACUAGAUUGCCAUCAAACUGCGGGGGAGUGUAAUUAUAUUGAGGUUCAGCAUUUUUCUUUGUUUAAAUGUGCCAAAUUAAAAUGAACUUAAACCUUCCUCAGAUCCACAGCAGAUUAAAAGAGGGAGAACAUUGUUUUAAGUUUUUGCUUGCUUGUAUUAGAAAGUCACAUAUGCAUUGAUUAAAGGGUUAAUGUCAUGAAUGUUCUUUAAAUUAUAAUGAAAUAUUUAAUGUGAUAUGUAAACUUUAAAAAUUUUUAAUUUGAUACUUAAAUUAUAAAUAUGUUGACUAACGUGGUAUUUGAAAGAGAAAGAUUGUAUGUUCAUCAUGUGUUUUCAUUUGAAAUUAGUUAUA